GGACGUGGCUGUGUAUUUCACGCGGGCAGAGUGGGAGCUCCUGAAAGAUGCAGACAAGGUGCUUUACCAGGACCAGAUGCUGUGAAGCCAGGACCAGGACCAGGAACCAGGAACUGUGAAGCCCUCAUUUCCCUGGGAUAUCAAGGCCCCACACCCAACUUAAUCUGCUGCAUCCAGCAAAGACAGGAGGAGCUCUGGGUCUGCGAUGAUGAGGACCAUGGGGAAAUCUCAAGCUCUGAGGACCUGUGGCUAGGAGGUGCCUGGCUGCUGAGCAGAGCAGAGGAAGGGCCUGCAACUCUGGAGUCACCCGGGAUUACCCCAGGGAGUUUGGGCAAGACGGAGUCCGUGAGACUUGAGGACAAACGAUGGCUCCAGAGCCAGGGGAACCCCCAAAAGCAGAAGGAGAAUGUAGCAAUGACCCAGAUGCGAUCUCUCCUUGGGGGUGAGAGUGAAGAAGGAACAGAAGCCAGACAGAGCCCUGGGCGCAGGGAAGGAUUUGUGGAGCUGAAGAGCCAUGAAGCCAAGUUCUUCUGGAGAGAGACCCCGAAUCUAAGGCGAGCCAGCAGGAAGGGCCUCAGAGGGCAGCAGGAGCUCCCCACCACGCCCAGGGGCAGAGGCCGCCCCUGCCCUGAGUUCUGGAAAAGCUUUAGCUUCCUCUCACUCCUGGCUCUGCACAAGAUAAGCUACAUUGGGGAAAAGCGCCACCUAUGCGUCAGGUGUGGGAAGGGCUUCACCUGUGGCUUCGCCCAAGCUGCUCAUUGCAAGAUCAAUUCUGGAGAGCUCCCACACCACUUAACCAGAUUUGGGAGGAGCUUUGUGUGCCUCUCAGAAGUAAGAAAGCACCAAGAUGUGCAUAGGGGAAACUGUCAGUACCGUUGUGUCACGUGUGGCAAGACCUUCACUCAUUUCUUCUCCCUAGCUCAGCACUGGCACAUUCACGCGAGGGAUAAACAGCAUCGGUAUCCUGAGUGUGGGAGGCGUUUCAGACGUUCCACCAACCGAGCCAAACACCAGUGCAUCCACACAGGGCAGAAGACACAUUGCUGUGUGUGUGCGAAGAGCUUCACCCAGUCUUUCCACUUGUCCAAACACCAGUGCCUCCUUGCAGGGAAGAAACCACACCAGUGCUGUGUGUGUGGGAAGAGUGUCUGUGAAUUCUCCCACCUGACCAAACACCAGCACAUCCACACAGGGGAGAAGCCACAUCAAUGCUCUCAGUCUGGGAAGAGCUUUACCCACUCCUCCAGCCUAGCCUACCAUCAGCGCAUCCACACAGGGGAGAAGCCACAUCAAUGCUGUCAGUAUGGGAAGAGCUUUACCCACUCCUCCAGCCUAGCCUACCAUCGGCGCAUCCACACAGGGGAGAAGCCACAUCAAUGCUGUCAGUGUGGGAAGAGCUUUACCCGCUCCUCCAACCUAGCCUCCCAUCAGCGCAUCCACACAGGGGAGAAGCCAUAUCAGUGCUCUGUGUGUGAGAAGAGCUUUACCCGCUCCUCCGGCUUGGCCGUGCACCGGCGCAUACACACAGGGGGGAAGCCACAUCAGUGCCUUGACUGUGGGAAGAGAUUCAGUGAAUCCUCCAGGCUGACCAAACACCAGCGCAUCCACACAGGGGAAAAGCCACAUCAGUGUUCUGAGUGUGGGAAGAGAUUCCGUGAAUUAUUCAAUCUGACUAUACACCAGCGUAUCCACACAGGGGAGAAGCCACAUCUAUGCUCUGUGUGUGGGAAGAGCUUUACCCACUCCUCCAGCCUGGUCAUGCACCAGCGCAUCCACACAGGGGAGAAGCCACAUCAGUGCUCUCAGUGUGGGAAGAGUUUCCGUGAAUUCUCCAAACUGACCAAACAUCAGCGCAUCCACACAGGGGAGAAGCCACAUCAGUGCUCUGAAUGUGGGAAGAGCUUUACCCAGUCCUCACACCUGGCUGUACACCAGUGCAUCCACAAAUGAGAGAAGCCACGUUAAUGUUCUGAAGGUGGAAAAAGAUUCAGCAAUUCCUUUAGCCUGACCAAACAGGACUGCAUCCACACAGGGGAGAAGCCACAUAAGUGCGCUGAAUGUGGGAAGAGCUUCACCCAGUCCUCCCACCUGGCCCUACACCAGCGCAUCCACACAGGGGCGAAGCCACAUCAUUGCUCUGAGCGUGGGAAAAAAUGCAGUGAUUUCUCCAGACUGAGCAAACAAGUGCAUCUACAUACGGGAGAAGCCAAAUCAGUGGUCUGAAUGUGGGAAGAGGUUUACCUGUUCCUCCAACCUGGCCAUACUCUGGCGCAUCCACAGAGAGGAGAAGCCACAUCAGUGAUCUGUGUGGGGGAAGAGCUUCAUCCACACCUUCAGCCUGGCAUUCCACCAGCACAUCCUCACAGGCUAAAAGCUACAUUAUUGCUUUGUGUGUGGGAAGAGCUUUGCCAUAUUCUCCCACCAAUCUGUCAGGUUUUGCUUCUCAGCCUCCCUCCAGAGUUAUGCAUGCCUUGGUACAUGUCACUCCCCUGCCCUCCUGCCCUUAGCUGCACUCUCUCUAAUCCAGUCUCUGAUCAGAAAGCUGUUGUACUGAACAUGGUAUCCCUGUGGCUGGGCUCUGUGCCCUCUCCUCAACUGAGAUGUGAAUUGAGAAGAGCCCAGAAGCCUUUCCAGGGCAGAUCUCUCUGAGUUCCCAGCCUCUUCCCUUUGCCAAGGGUUCACCACUGUCCAGGGCUUGUUGCAACAUCUCAAUAAAAAGAGUUGGUUACACUGAAGGCCUCACUCCUACGUACUGCUGUGCAGCAAGGGCACUGCCCUUUUGAAGGAGCCUGUGGCCAGGGGGCAAU